AUGGCUUUUGCUCGUUUUAGUGACAAGCUGUUCCCUGCCUUAGGUUUCGGGGCCAGGAUGAGUGAUGGAAGUGUACAUCAUGAAUUUGCACUGAAUUUCAACCCAAGCAAUCCAUUCUGUCAAGGUGUGCAAGGUAUUUUACAAGCUUACUACAACUCCCUAAAGAAUGUACAACUUUAUGGGCCAACAAACUUUGCCCCUGUUAUCAACCAUGUGGCCAGGUUUGCAGCUGCAGUGCAGGAUGGCUCUAAUUAUUUUGUGCUGCUCAUCAUCACGGAUGGUGUCAUCACCGACAUGCCACAAACCAUGCAGGCUAUAGUCAAUGCUUCUGGGCUACCAAUGUCAAUCAUCAUAGUUGGAGUAGGAGAGGCAGAUUUUGAAGCCAUGGAUACACUAGAUGGGGAUGAAGUGAGGUUGUCUUACAAUGGCAAGCAAGCAGUCAGGGAUAUUGUACAGUUUGUGCCAUUCCGUGAUUUCCUCCGGGGUGCCAACAGUAGCAAUAUGCAGAUGUGCCAGGCAGCUCUAGCAAAGGAGGUUCUGGCAGAGAUACCAGACCAGUUCCUGUCCUAUAUGAAGGCCCACAAUUUUAAACCUAGACCACCAGCCAAUGCUCCCGGACCAGCUUAUUGAUAAAGAUUCUGUUGUGACUUUCCAAAUAGCACGUUUUAUGGAUGUAACGACUACUGACUAGUACUGUUGAGAGGUAUAAGUACUGUUAUGUUACCUUGAAGAUCUUCUGGGAUCUGAAAUACUACCUAUAUGUCAUGUGACUGUUCUUCUUUAAUGAAAGUCACCAGUAAUCAUAUCAAUGGUCUGAUAUAAAGGUAUACACAAAAAUGACACCAGAAGAGCUGGGGUACUAGUCUGUAUUUGGUCUGUGUUGCCAUUUAUUGUUAAGGGUGUUCAAUUAUAACUAUGGCAAUCUUAGUAUCGGUGAUAGAAAAUUAAAAUAAAAUCAACGCUAGGUGCGGUGUUCGAUGUUUAAGCAAUAUAUUUCAAACAUGAGUUUACCACAUAUAAGAUAUUAACUAGUUUCAUUAGGGUAGUAGAUUACAUAAACACAACAUCUGAAUGCAUGUAUUCCAUUCUCAGUCCUCAGGCAUAAGAAAGAAUAUUGUUUGCUUCCUGUAAUCCUUCUGAUCAAAAAUAAGUGUGCUUUUUCAAAAAUUGUUAUUAAAAUUUAUCAAGAUAGCACUAUUAAAAUCAGGAUCAACCUGCCAUAUAACCUUUGUGUAUUUCAGAAAAAGAUUAAUUCUUGCAACACACCCUGGAUCUUUCAAACCUAUAAUCGGAAACAAACAUUAUUUUUGUUUGGCCUUAUUUAACAUGUACUGUUUGUAUUCCAGAAAUGAAGGCGAGUGGUUUUUAUAGUAAAACAGUAUCUUUGAGUAUCCUUGUAUUUAUAAGAAGAUUAUCACACAACUGUAAAACAAUUCAAAAUGUCUACAAAAAGUCUGUUAUCAAUUCACAAAACAAGGGAGGUAAAAGCACUGGUGUUUCCAGUUAGAUAUCAAAUUUCUCGAAAUAAAUUCUACAUCCUUGUAACAUGUUCUGAAUCAGUGCUCAUUAGCAUAUACCCAUCUUGUCCAAAUUCUGGAUAAUUGAGUCAACAGUUGACAAUCCUUGAAAAGAAAUUUUCAUUCCUACAGGGAAACCUAACGUGAGUUUCUGUCUGUUUCGAUUUCAACAUUCAUUGAGUACACUCUAAGUUUGACAGAUCAUACAUACAUGUACAAGCUGAAAUAAUAUUGGUGUAUGUCUCAUUUUUUGUCAUCUCUGCCAAUUAAGUAUAUAAAAAAUAAUAAAGUUUAUUUAGUUUAUUUGCCAUGAA